CGUGCCCCGUCGUCGCGUCGUGGUCUUGCAAUGUGUGUGUGCGUGUCGUCGUGCCGACACCCAUUUCGUCUGAGUGUCCGUUUGUUUAAUUGAUGCGUCCAUUGUGGGUGAUUUGCACUUGGUGCGACAACUGUAGCAACAACGCCCUACACAGAACCUGGAUGUUUGCCGUUCCACGGCACGACCCGGCAUUCCGCCGAUAGAUAGGACAAAAUAACAGCAAAAACCCGCGCUAUCGUGACUUGAACCGGUAGAACGUCGUCGGCACUAAUAGAAUUAUACGCGCGGGCAACAACUCUACCAACAACAACAAGAACUCCAACAACAAAGUUGUCUGUCUACUGCUGCUGCUGACCCGGUUCGGGAGAGAGAAGAACCUUCUUCUCUCCUGCUGCUGCUGCUGCUGCUGAGGCGAGACCAAGUCGACCUCCUCACCAACUCACUAGUUUGCCGACCGUUGAGCUGUUUGGACGCGCGCGUGCUGAACCGCCUUACUACUGUUUUUGAGGGGGAGUUCUGUGAACCGUAACGCCCGGUGUCGUCCGCGUAGAUUCGUAACUUGUGCGUGGGUGUGAAGACGAGGUUGGCCGGCCUAUAGAUCUAGACCUUUGGACGGCGCUGUGUAACGUUACGUCACCGGUGAGACCACCUCCUUUUUGGACAUCGAUACCUCGGGGCACAGCUAAACUAGACAAAACGGUUGAAGUCAUCGCGACGACCUGCCGCUUCGACAACGCGUCGAGGGAGAGAGGUUUAUUCAACUCGUAGCGCAGCUGUAACUCCUGCCGUGUUUUUGCCGAGCCGUGCCGUGUGUGAAUCUAUAUCUGUGAAUUCGAAAUGUCAUGUCCUACGUAACACACUUAGCUUAGGCCGUUGCCGAUGUGUGUACGUACGGCUUGUGUGCAUUUGGCUAAGCGCGAGGUUUUUAUAUUUUUUAUUGAUGGCGUAUAAUUUCUCGUUUCUGUUGUCGUCGUCGUCUUUAGUUCAGAGCGCCUGAAGAAGUGAAGAAGAAGCUGCUGCUGCUGCUGGAGGCACAGUUUCGAAGAUGAUCGAGAUCGGUCUGGAAGCCAGAUGAGUGCCUAGUGCUACAUCUCCAAAAGAAGAGUUGGAAGAAAGAAGUGUUGAAAUUGUGUGUCUUUUCCAAACACCCAAAUCCCACGAUUAUUCCCUUUGAUAUAUUGUGUGUGUGCUCUCGUCGUCACUUGUGAGUGUUUAGAAGGGGGAAAACGGCGUAAAAAUAUUUGGCCAACCAACCACCAGCAGUGAUGCCAACAACAAAAGAGUAACGGCUGGAUCAUGCAAAGCAGAGAAAAAGAUCUAAAGUAGAGUGCACUUGAAUAUCUCCCCCCACCCAGUGAAGUGUUGGAAGUGCAAACCGAUAGUUAGUGCAUAUAUUGGGGAAUAGUUCAGAAUUCAAAGUGAUUGUUCGGAGAAGAAGAAAACGUCAACAAUGAACGGCGUCACGAUGAUGGACGAGAACGAUGUGGACAUCAAGAGUCCGAUCCGGCGGCUCGGGUCGACCCGCAAGCUGAACCUUUUCAACAACAUUCGACAGCAGCUGAACGAGCAGCUCAAGUUUCUCGAUGUGCGCGUCGAGUCGCAGAUCUCGCUCAUCCAGGAGCUGCAGGACUUUUUCCGGCGGCGCGGCGAGGUCGAGCUGGACUACAGCAAAAGCCUGGACAAACUGGCCAAAUCGCUGCAGCUGCGGCACAAGGAGCAGCGACAAAAACGCGAACAGUGGCCCCUCUUCUCCUCGUACUCGUGCUGGCAGCAGCUCGUCAACCAGACCAAGUCCCUCUCGCGGGAUCACGCCGCCCUGUCCGAGAUCUACUCCGUGCACCUGGUCGCGCGCCUCCAGUCCGUGUGGGACGACGUGCAGCGCAUCUAUCGCAAAUGUCGCGAAAUCGGCUUCGAAACCCACGUCGAAAUCCUGCGCAUCUUGCAGGAACUGCACACCAACAUGAAGACCUACCACACGUACCAAACCGAGGCCAAGGAGGCGGAGAAGAAGCUGCGAGCGGCGGAGAAUCAACGCAUGAAGCUGCAGCAGAGCGUUCCGAAGGAGAAGCUGGAACGGAGCAAAAAGUACCGGCUGAUCGAGAAGGAGGUGCUGAAGCGCAAGAACAAGUACACGGACGCGCGGUUGAAGGCGCUGAAGGCAAAGAAUGAGUACCAGCUGUGCUUGGAGGCAUCGAAUACGACCAUUCACAAGUACUUUGUUGAGGAUCUGAGCGAUCUGAUUGAUUGCAUGGAUCUUGGGUUCCAUUCGGUGGUAUCACGAGCCCUGUUGAUGCACGUGUCCGCCGACCAGGGCCGGUGUCGAGCGGUGCUGAAUAACACCGAAACGCUGUCGCACAUCGUCAACUCGAUGGACAGCCGGGCCGACAAGCAAAAGUUCCUGGAGCAGCACAGCGGUGCGUUCAUGAUUCCGAAACGGCUCGAGUUCCAGGGCCAGGACGAGGACAUUGAGCCGGAGCUGCAGAAGGCGCUGCACCAGGAGAUGGAGUCGAGGCUGGUGCAGCUGGAGCAGAGGGUUAACAAUCUGCGCAUGGAGUCGGAGGAGAUCUGGAAGACGCUGGAGACGGCGGAGAUCAACCUGCUAGAGAUACUGAACACGAAGGACUACGACGUGACGACUGCGUUCGGGGAUGGGGGCGUUAGUUUGGGGAAGCCGGAGAACACGUCGCUGAAGCUGAGGUCCGACAAGAACGAGAUUGAGGAGUUUUACAUCACGAAAAUCCGCGAGUACAUCCUCGCCACAUCACGAAUAGCGCGGCUCGACUCGAAGGCCGAGUUUCUGCGGAACGCCCUCACGAAGGACUCGGCACUCAAGACGGACACGCUCACCAAGUCGAACGUCCCCAAGCGGAAGCGCAUCGGCCGGAUGAACAAGUCGGGCCGGCCCAAGCUGUUUGGCGGCUCGCUGGAGGAGUACCUGGAGGCCACGGGCGAGGAGAUUCCACUAAUUCUAAGGAGCUGCAUUCGGGUUAUCAAUCUGUACGGACUUCACCACCAGGGUAUCUUCCGCGUGUCCGGAUCUCAAGUAGAAAUAAGUAACUUUAAGGAGGGCUUCGAGCGCGGGGACGACCCGCUGUCGGACACGACGGACGCCUCGGACAUCAACUCGGUGGCCGGAGUCCUGAAGCUGUAUCUGCGCGAACUGCGAGAGCCGCUCUUCCCGCUGAUCUACUUCGACCACUUUGUAACGUUGGCACAACUCGAGUCCAAGCACGAGAUCGUGCUGGGCAUCCGCAAGUUCUUCCAGACUCUGCCCAAGUCCGUCAUAAUCGUGAUCAGAUAUCUGUUUGCAUUUUUGAACCACUUGUCGGAGUACUCGGACGAGAACAUGAUGGAUGCGUACAACCUGGCGAUCUGCUUCGGCCCGACGCUGAUGCCCGCCCCCGAGGACAAGGACCAGGUCCAGUACCAGAACCAGGUGAACGAGCUGAUCAAAAACAUCAUCGUGUACCACGCGGAGCUGUUCCCGAAGGACCUGGUCGGCAUGCAGUACGAGAAGUUCAUCUCGUCGGAACCGUUCGAGGACAUUGACGUGGGUGAUUCGCCCACCGAGCAGGUCUCCGAAGACCCGGACUCGGAGGUGUACCCCUCGGAGGACGAGUCGGACACGUUCGAAGCGAUCGUGCAGUUUGACUUCCUGGCGCGGUCCGAGCGGGAGCUGUCCCUGCGGAAGGGCGACACUGUGAUACUGUACAAUCAGGUUUCCAACGAUUGGUGGCGCGGAGCCGUCGGCGGUAAAACCGGAUUGAUUCCAGACAAGUACAUUUCGCUGAAGAUCAAAGACGAAGACCGCGACAAGAGCGAACACCUCAAGUCGUCCAGCUCGGAGGAAUCGGUCCGGAAGCGCCGCCCCAGCGGCAACAUCUCGCUCAACAGCCAGCUGUCGAUCUGCACCCAGAACUCGAACACGCUCUCUAACAUCACGUGCGGCAGCGACUACACGGGCUCAACCGGCUCGACCGCGACUCCCGGCAGUGGUCCAACGGGCGGCGGCGCAGGUUCAACGCCUGGCGGGUUGAUCCAGUCUUCGGCAUCGCCCGGCCAUCCCCAGUAUCAGACGAUUCAGCAGUCGCAGCAGCAGCCGACGCAGCCUCAACCUCCGUUGAACCAGCAGGUGACGCACCAACCGCCACUUCCGACGGCCCACCCGCUGAUCGGGGAGAAACUGGCCGCGGACCUGAAGGAUCCGGACUACAUCCACUACGACACGGUGGACCUGAAGGCGUCCACGUACAGCUACCACGACGAGCCGCACUCGUUCGAAACGUCGGCCGAGUUCCUGGAGGACAUGAACCACUUCACAUUCGAGCCGCAAAAACCGUCGGAACCAAUCUACGCCGAACCCACGAAGAUAACCGUCAACCGGGACAAAUCCCCCGCUCCGGACGGUGGCGGAAGCAGCGGCAACAGUGGCGGAACCGCCAGCAACGACGAACUCCCGGACGACUGCGUCGAGUUCCGGUCCAAGCCGCUGCUCGGCGGCAUGGGUGACCCUCCGGAGCACACCAAGAGUUCGCUGGUCCUGAACCGUCGCAGUGACACUCUUCCACCGGGCAAGGACGACAAGUGCCACCGGCUGUCGGAUUCGUCAAACGGGGAGAAUGGGGAGGGGAAACCGAUGCGGAAGUACCACUCGAAGAGCUUUAGCCUGUCGGAGAACAAGCUGAGCCUGGCGGUGGCCGGAAGUGGGGGCGGAUCGUUGAACGUGUUCCAGGCGAACCGGGACCUGUGGCAGAAGCGGGCCACGCAGAGCUCGUACCAGAAUUUGACGACGUCGCGGAUUUUGAGUCGGAAUAGGAUUGCGCCGGAUUUGGUGAUGGAUUUGCCGCCGGCGGCGAUCGGGAAGGAUGGGGUUGGGAGUGCUUCCAGGGAAUCUCUUGACAGCGAGCUUGAGGACAUGACAUCGGCGGAGCGGUUCGCCGCCCAGAAUCAGUGCACACUAAAGAAGAACGAGCGAUUUUCCACAGAACCAGUGGUUUACGAAAACACCGCCAUCACCAGCAGCACCGUCGUAACAACCACCAGCACCACAAACAACGGCACCAUCGGCAAGAAGGAGGUCAAACUGGACGUCAAAGGCAUCGCGGACAAACCCAAAGCCGAGGUCAAGCCCCAGGAGAGCACGCUGAAGACGCCGACGGCGACGGUCGUGACGGAGCUCGUGGAGGAAGUCGCGGUGGAAAAGUGUGGCUUGGAAGUGACCAAGAUACCGCUGUCGGACGAGGUACUGCACAUUGAGGAACCCGUUGGUGGGGACGCUCCGAAGGAGCUUGCCAAGAGUCCGAUUCCGGUGCGAAACACGCAAAAGUUCGUGUCGCAGUUCGCCGACCUGCACCUGACCGGCGGUUGUCUGGUCAAGUCGAACGAAUCAACCUCGUCGGCGGCGGCCACUUCACUGGCCCAGGAACAACAAGCCAAGAGCCUGAGCUCGUUCAAGCCCCAGGUCAAGGUCAAGCCGCACAUUCUGAAGAAGCCGUCGCAGGUUCUGCCACCCCACACGCCCGAAAUGAGCCGACGGGGGGCGGCGGCACCUUCGACUCAGGGGCCAGACUAGAACCGACGGAUGGGCCUCGGCGCGAGGUCCAAAACACUCAACCUGUGAAGCGUGAAUGUGAUUUUAGGCGGAACGAACGCGAGGAUCGUGAGGAAUUGAGCGGAAGAUUAGAAGGGUUAUUUUAGUUUCGGGACAAAACAGGGUCGGUUCCCGCCCCGUCAAAGGUGGGUUGAACGGAUCAGAUUCAUACACACUCUCACCACCACCAUCCACCAUCAAAUCAAGUUGAACAAAACACAAAAUAAAAAUCAUGGAAUUUUUCGAGAUGGAUUUUGAGCGAAGUCGCAACUUUUUAAAGUGGGAUUUGAGCGCGAUUGGCCAGUGCAAAACACCAAUAUUUGAAUGUAACAAUAAAUCUAUUAAUUUUUAAGACUGGAUUGGUACAAUAUACAAAAAAACUAAACAAAAGGAAAGGAGAAGUACUAAAAUCAACUACAAACAAAGCAAGCAAGGAAUUAGAGAGCGAGCGAGUAAGUUAGUCCAAGUAGGCGCUCUCAAAUCAAAGAAAUCGAAUUUCUAAGUCAGUAGCAUUACAGUUUAGUAAGUGUAUGAAACUAUAAAGUAGGCCUCGAAGCAAGAAAUGUAAUUGUAACAUCACAGAAUUUAGCCAGUAGGGUGAGCGGGAGCGAGGGAAAUGAUGAGCGAAGUAGGCCGUUUUGCCAACUAGAAGCAGCAGUGAUUGUGGGGUGCGAAAUCUCUUUUUAUGAUAUUAGUGUUAGUUCAGGUCGUAUUCCUUACAAGUAACCUUAUAAUUUUAGAAACUAUUACGAGCAUCGAAUUUUUAUGUAUAAGUCCCAGUUUUUAUCGAAUCAGAAUUUUACCUUAACAUUUUGACUAAUUAAUCUGUAAUAUUCUAUCGCAAAAACGCAACAUUUUACUUUACUUUUAAUCCUCGUAAAUACCCGCCGAUAUUACCCCUUGGUUCAAAUGUAAACUUUUAACCAAAUUGUGUUGCCGAGCUCGAACUAACCAGCGAAAUCAGAAUUGUACCGCGAGGAAGCUUCAAAAUCAACCAGAAAUUAUAAUAAUAACAAGAAAUACAAAAUAAUCAAUACAGAAAUACAAAAACUAACAAAAUCAGCCAAAAAUUUAUUUGUUGUCCACUAAGUAUACAAAUAACGAACAAAAAAGCAAGCAAACCAGCAUACUCAAAGUAUAAAAUACAAAGCAAAAAUAGUAUUCGAGUGCAAAUAAAAAAAACAAGAAAAACGGUUGCUAACGAUCACCUAAAACAAACUCACACACAAACUAAACGAACUAAUAAAUUAUACGAAACAACCAGUGCUGUCUAGAUAUCACCCCUAUCAAAAA